GUGUAAUUAAACGGACGAGCCAAGAACGAACGCUCUGAACUAUUGCUGCACGAACACAAUGCCUUGUUGACUUGCACGUCUCUUUGUGACUCGUAUACUUCCCACCUCGUUCCCAACCCACACCGACUACAGUUACUUCUCUCCCAACUUAAUCUCCUCCUCCCACCAACCACUCUGCUUUUUGACCCAUCACUCUACUACACAAUAGUGACUCUCUAGUCCCUCUCAGCCAACGGCACACGAUUACCUGAUUACCUUCAACCGCACCCUUCCGAAACGGGCAAUGAUCACAGUACGCUAAACCGCAUCCACCGCGUGCCCGUUAGGGGCAACUUUUUCGGGGUGUGCUCCAAACAAACCGAGCCUGAACUCGACGAACUAACUCAAGACGGUAUUCGAUCUGGGGACUGGUCUUCCUCUUUCUGUCUCUCUCCCUCCUUUUUUUUUCCCUCUUCUCUCCUCCACGUCAACCGCAAAGCAAGUUCCCCGCCAUCACGCAUGCCCUCCCUCACGCUGACCGACCCGGACAUGAUCCUGCCGUAUGACGGCAGCGAGCGCGAAUCCCAAACUCCCUCCCCGCCCUCCCAACUCGUCUACUUGACCAACCUGAACGCCCGCUACAACGCCGCCGAUCCCAAUGCCGGCUCCGCGCGCCCCAAGAAAAUUUUUUCUCGCCAUCGCGCCCAUGACGAUGUGAAUGCGAGUCGUCGAUUAUCCGAUAUUGGGGAGGAGAUGUCGCCCGCGCGGUCCGAGGUGUUUGACGACGUCGAGGUUUCGCGGCACCAGCAGCAGAGGCACAUGCAGGGGUCACGAGGUUCGCCUCUACCAAGGAGUCAAUUGACGGUCUCGGAGACUCAGGAUUCUGGGAAUGCGGCGCGGAGUAGGAGCUCCAGCUCGACGGUGAGUGCGCGAAGCGGGCGCACUUCGGGAGAGACGUCCUCGCCGCAGACUGCGUCGGAGACGUCGCCGAAUGUCAAUGCAGCGGAGAACGCGACCAAGACUGGUAGCGGAGAUGGGGCCAAGACGGGCGCUGGGUUACCUGAUAGCAGCAUUGUCGCAUCUGCUGUCAAGGGUAAAGGUCCUGGGGAAGAUUUAGCGUCGGCGAUCUUGAGCAGCGAGGCGGAGAGGAUCCUUGAGAAUGCAAAGAAACGUCUGACGUUGAUGGAGGGCAAUUUGAAUCGCGCACGCUCAGCGGUGCGUCCGACGCCCUCGCCUUCGCCGUCUUCGCCGGGGAGUACCUCGCCCAUGGGUUUGCACCCGGGUGGAUUGUAUCGAUCGAUUUCAAAGACCGAUCGCAAGAGUUCGGCUCUGCGACGGCAGUCAUUCGUUCCGAGGCAAGAUAGCUCGAGUAAUCGCCAUUCGCGCGUGCAUAGCGAAACCAACUUCCCGGCCGAGUCGAGCUUGUCGUCGGAUACGAAGCGAGUGUCUCGGUCAGUUUCUGCGAUGGGAUCAAGUAGUUCGUCUAACUUUCACAACGACGACCGGUCUUUCCGAUAUGAACCUACGCGGUCGUAUCUCACGCAUCGGGCGUCGAUCUCAUCCAUCCGACCCCCGCAUUUACUCAAAGCACAAUCGCCUCAGCCAACGCAGUCUCCAGUCUCUGCGGGAUCUCCGGUUCUGCAGUCUCCCGUCAUACGUGAAGAUAGCUCAUCCUGCUCCUCGCCGAGGGGCUUGGGCAUUUCGUCCGAGGGCGAUUCCAAAUCCAACGGAGGCGACUUCAGCCCUGUCUACAGCUCGUACGGCCCACCCAGCCGUGCGCAGUCGCAGCUGCAGGUACGCGAUCUUCAGUACCAGAUGAAGGGCCUCCACAUCAAGAUUUCCUCGCUCAAGGUGCGCACGCAAGAGGACAAUCUGCGGCGUCGCAGCUUGCAGAGCCUGCGCACGCCUAGUCCUUUGACUGCCGCGGACCCUUGGUAUCAGAAUGGGCUGGAGGUUCGCGACGGACGCAGCAGCCGUGGGUCGAAUCCUCGACGAGAUGGGAGCUCGGAAUAUGCGCGCGAGACUCAAUCCAGACCGUAUACGGAAGCAGCCUCGAAAGAUCGGAACGGGUCUUAUGAUCCGGAGCGUAUCAACGAUAGCUCCGUUGAGCCAAGCCCUCAUCUCUCGCAAGGCACGGGUGGAUCAUGGCAGGGCCAUGAGCAUAGCGACUACGAUGGCCGUCAGUCUGUGGCGGAGACCAUGUACGAGGAUGCCGAAGAGGGCGAUUACUAUGACGACGGCGAAAUUGACCGGGAAGCACUGGAUGAGAUUCUGCGUGAACCACUUGAUGCAGACCUAGCGACGCCCCACGAGGAACGCGAGGAUGCCUUUGAUUACGAGCACUUCAUUCUUCACAGUGCUUUGGGUAAUUUCUCGCAGCAGAUGCGUCGUGUAAGCGUUAGCUCUCAUGGCUCCGUUGAGACAACGCGACCCACGCACUCGGUGCGACACUCGCGCACCAACAGUUCUCUUUCUGCCUCGACCGAUGCUACGUUCGCUACGGCUACCGAGGGUGAGCCGAUGCCCGACGAUGAGGAUGAUCUUCUAUACUGGGAUCGCAAAUUCAACCAUGAACUGCGUCACCGCCACCACAGUCAACAUGCCCAUGCUGUCAAUGAAACCGACCGCACCGCAACGCCCCGUGGCUCCCGUGACGACGAAAAUGCCACUCCAGUUGAGGUUCCGCAAUCUCCCGCACGAAGCGUGGAUAUGAAUGGUCGCUCGACGGCCGGCUCUGCGACACCGACCUCCCUUGUGUCUUCUCUCGUCUCGACGGUGCGCGCAGCAUCCAGUCCGCACCCGGCCUCUGCGACGCCCACUGUGGGCGGUAUCAACGAUGACGACACCCAGAUGCUAGAGCAGCUCUUCUCCAGUCUCGGAAAGGUUUGCAUGGACCUUCAGGCCAUCACCACCUCGCCCGAUCCAGAUUCCAAGGCUGCGCGUGUACUGCGUCGACGACUAGAUGCGGCGCGGAGAGUUCUUGACGGUGAGCUUGACGCUUGAUAUAAAGUCAUUGUUUGGAUGAUGUCUGCCAUGGACGGUGCUUCGAGUUUUGAGUAUCAUUUUGGCAGCCCUUCCGUUCCUGUACAUUCUACUAUUUUCCUUCCAUUUUUUUUUUCUUCUAUGAUACCCAAUGUCCUUCUCUACAUUUUUUUAUCGGACUUUUUUUCUUUCUGUUCGAUUAUCAUCUAUGUCAAUAGUAAUGUCUACUAUACGAUAAUAUUGAGGUUGCUUCUUCCCUUUGCUUGGAAACGAUCUCAAUAACCAAGGGUAUUUUACUUCAUUUAAAAAGCAAUACCAUAACGCAAACCAACUGCCAAUACUAUUUCUAAUCCUUUCG